UAUCCCGAUAUUCUAAUCUUUGUUUCACACUCCGUUAUCUUUUCUGCAAGUCUCGUUUUAUUCUCCCCACCAGUCUUUAACUAAACCCUAGCGGAGAGUGAAGAAGAACAGAUCUGUAAGCGAGACUUAGAUCCAAAACUAUGCCUAAAAUUUCAGUUGUUAGAGAUGAUCUUUUCAAAGCUCUUGGAAGAACCUACACUCAAGAUGAAUUCGAUGAAUUAUGUAUGGAAUAUGGACUCGAGCUUGACGAUGUUACAACUGAGAAAGCAAUUAUUAGAAAAGAGAAACACUUAGAUGGAGUAGAAGAUGAAUCCACAGAAGAUGAAGAGGUUAUUUACAAAGUUGAAAUCCCAGCAAACAGAUAUGAUUUGCUUUGUAUUGAAGGGCUUGUGCGGUCUCUUCGCAUAUUUUUAGGUCUUGAUGAAAUCCCUACAUAUACAUUAUCUAAUAUUCCUAAAGAAUCCAUGCUUAAAAUGCAUGUGAAAAAAGAGACUUCCAUGAUCCGACCUUUCAUUGUUUGUGCUGUAUUAAGAGGCAUCACUUUUGACGAAGCUAGAUAUAAAAGUUUCAUUGACCUCCAAGAUAAGCUUCAUCAGAACAUAUGCAGGAGGAGAACUCUAGUUGCCAUUGGCACUCAUGAUUUGGACACAUUACAAGGGCCUUUCACAUAUGAGGCUCUCGCACCUGAAGAGAUAAAUUUCGUGCCACUAAAACAGGACAAAAGCUUCAGGGCGGAUGAGCUAAUGAAGUUUUAUAACUCUGAUAUGAAGCUGAAGAAGUUUCUACAUAUAAUUGAGAAUUCACCGGUUUACCCCGUGAUAUAUGAUUCCAACAGAACGGUGCUGUCUUUGCCUCCAAUUAUUAAUGGUGCACGGUCAGCUAUAACGCUAAGAACUAAGAAUGUAUUCAUUGAAUGCACAGCAACUGACUUGACCAAGGCAAAUAUUGUAUUGAAUACAAUGGUCAGCAUGUUCUCAGUGUACUGCGAAAGAAAAUUUGAGGUUGAGCCCGUUGAAGUGAUAUGCUCCAACGGUGAGUCCUGUGUUUUCCCUGACCUGUCAUCCUUUGAUAUGGAAGUUCCUCUGACGAAAAUCACCGGUAGAAUUGGUGUUCCGCUGGAUGCAAGUCAGGUUACUAGUUUGUUAACUAAGAUGCAAUUGCAUGCGGAGGAAAUAUCAAGUGACAAGAAAUCCAUCAUCAGAGUGUCUGUACCUCCAACCAGAAGUGAUGUUCUUGAAGCUUGUGAUGUGGCAGAGGAUGUCGCCGUUGCCUAUGGUUUCAAUAAUAUCCCAAGAACACAGCCUGUGCUCUCAACACAAGGAAGGCAGCAACCCCUCAGUCAGCUUAGCUACCUUAUCAGAUUGGAGAUAGUGGCAGCUGGGUUUACUGAGGUGCUGACGUGGAUAUUAUGUUCAAAUGAAGAAAAUUUCUCCAUGUUGAACAGAAAGGAUGACAAAACAUCUGUAACCGUUGCAAACCCCCGUUCAUCGGAUUUUGAGGCUACUCGAACAAGUCUUAUGUCGGGGUUGCUGAAAACUGUUCGAGAGAACAACCACCAUCCAAAGCCCAUAAAGAUAUUCGAAAUGGGCGAUGUUGUGCUUCUAGAUGAUACCAAAGAUGUUGGUGCCAAAAAUAGUCGAAAAGUUGCAGCUCUGUAUUGCAGUGAAACUUCUGGCUACGAGGAAAUUAGUGGCCUCGUGCAAAGAAUCAUGCAAAUUGUUGAUGUACCUUGGAUUGAGGACCCCCUGUCUGGAGAUAGUAAUGGUUAUUUCAUAUCUGCAUCAAAAGUAAGGACUGAGGGUUCUGCAUUCCUUCCGGGAAGAGAAGCCAGGAUCGUUCUAAACGGAAAGCCAGUCGGCACUCUCGGUAUCGUGCAUCCAAAGGUCCUGGGCAAUUUCAGCAUCAACUUCCCAUGCUCCUACAUGGAAAUGGACAUCGAGUGUUUCUUAUAGUGCUUCAGACACCGUAGCCAGACAUCUAGUAUCUUGUCCUGAAAGUUGAUUGAUGCCAAGGUGUAGUUUGAGCCCAGUCCGAGGAGUUCUACUCAGCAGCUGGAAGUACUAUCAGGAUUAAAACAUUGGGCUAGGUUGGGAUUUUGCAGAAGGAUUUUGCAGAAGGAUUUUGCUCUUGUUCAGGAUUGCAUGGUCCUUUAUACCAAUGUAUACUUUUGUAUCAAUACCUCUUCAAAAAGUUUUUAGAACAAUUCUUUUUCAACAUUCUAAUGAAUUAAUUAUUCUCAAUUUUCUCUU